AUGCAUUCGCUAAGAACCUUCGUCCUAAGCGGCCUGUUAGUGGUCCAAGGGGCGUGUGCCUCCGCAUCGAAGGACUCGUCUCUUGACAAAUAUAUCAAGACCGAGCGUGCGAUCGCUUUGCAAGGCGUGCUUGACAACAUCGGACCGAAAGGCAAGAAGGUGCCCGGAGCAGCUCGUGGUUUGGUCAUUGCCAGCCCUUCGACAAAUGACCCGGACUACUUCUACACGUGGACACGCGAUGCUGCCUUGACGUUCCGAACGAUUAUCGACGACUUCCUUUUCGGAAACAAGGCGCUGGAGUCCUACAUUGAGGACUACAUCUACUCUCAAGCCGUUCUCCAAACCGUCAGCAACCCAUCCGGGGCGCUGCUCCCCCACGGGACGGGUUUGGGCGAGCCAAAAUACACGGCCAAUGGCACACGAUAUAACGGCAACUGGGGCCGCCCUCAACGAGACGGCCCUGCGCUCAGGGCGAUUGCGUUGAUUCAGUACAGCAAGUACCUCGUUGCUCACGGCAAGCAUGACCGGGCCAAGAAAGUGAUUUGGCCCAUCAUCAGCAAUGACUUAGCCUACGUAGGCCAGUACUGGAACUCCACUGGCUACGACCUCUGGGAGGAGGUAUCUGGGUCUAGUUUCUUCACCACUCACAACCAAUACCGCGCUUUAGUCGAGGGUGCUAGUAUCGCGGCGACUUUGGGAGUAUCGUGCGCGGGAUGCGGGGAAGCGCCUCAAGUCCUCUGUUUCCUGCAGUCGUACUGGAAUGGCAAGUUCUACACCGGAAACCUGGUCGAGGGCGGCAAUGGUCGGGGGGGCGUUGACGCCAACACUAUCCUCAGUCCCAUUGCCGUGUUUGACCCAGCAGCAUCCUGCGACAGCCCGACUCUCCAGCCCUGCCAUUCGCGCUCUCUCGCCAACUUCAAAGUUUUUGUCGACACUUUCCGCAAUUCGACUUUGUAUCCUAUCAACGACGGGAUCCGGGCCGGCCAAGGCAUCGCGCUCGGGCGUUAUCCGGAGGACAUCUACUACGACGGAAAUCCGUGGUACCUCAUCACUGUCGGCGCGGCCGAGUUUUUGUACGAUGUCGUUGCGUCGUGGACCAAGAGCCGCGUCAUCACCAUUGACGAAACCUCGCUCCCGUUCUUCAAAGAGCUCUACCCGCAUGCUAAGAAGGGAAGACUGAGCCGCGGCGAUCGCGCGUACGCCGAGCUCCGGGACCGUGUGAGGAGUUACGCUGAUACCUUUGUGGCCGUUGCCCAAAAGUAUACACCGGCCAAUGGCAUGCUCGCCGAGCAGUUUCUCAAGUCGUCCCCAUUUACGCCGAUCUCUGCGGCCAACCUCACUUGGUCUUUCGCCGCCUUCGUAUCGAUGACCCACCGUCGCGAUGGCCACUUCCCGGAAAGCUGGAUCCCGAGGUCCGGACCCAACCAGCCCGUUGUCCCCGGCAAAUGCAAGCCUGGGAGCGCAGUCCAAAGCGUCUACGCGCCAGCGACGGCUGCAGGCGCUCCCAAUAUCACUAUCCCGUGCACUUCGACCGUCCGGUUCCAGGUCGAUGCCUUGACGUACUACGGCGAGAACGUGUAUGUUACCGGCAGCGGCACGACACUGGGCGAUUGGGAUUUGGCCAACGCGUACCCACUGCUGAGCAGCAAUUAUACCGAGCAGCACCCUGUGUGGUGGGCUGAUAUACCGCUCGAGAUGGCAGAGGGGAGUGGAGCGUCGACCGUGAGUUAUAAGUAUGCGCGGCAGCAGGACUGUGGGCAGGACUGGAUCGUGGAGGAGGCAGAGAGGUCGGUGAACGUGCCGGCGUGCCGGACUGAUGGGAGUGAGGAAGUCGUAGCGGAGACGAAUGAUACAUAUGUCGGGAAGGGCGGUUCGACGGGUGGUUGCUGA